AAAGUGAUUGUUUUGUUUUAACAAAAAGGUAAACAAACAAAAAUUUCACAAAUAUUGCAAAUUUCUUAACCAAAAGAAAAGCCGCAAAUAAAAACUAAAUGCCCUCAUUUUGUGCGGUAGCUACUUGUAAUGAUAGAUAUGGGCAUUCGGAAAAUAUAUCUUUUCACAAGUUUCCUUUAAAACGUUCCAAUUUACUAAAGCAAUGGGAAGCUUUUAUACAAAAGCAACGAGGCGCAGAGUGGCAUGCCUCACGUUGGAGCUCUCUAUGUAGUCGUCAUUUUCGUGAGGAAGAUUUUCGUUCUUUAAAUGAACGCCGCACGCUAAAGAAAACUGCCGUACCCUCUAUAUUAGGUGUUCCUGCAACGUCGGAGGAGAAGUGUAAACCAAAAAAGCCUACUAAAGUUAUAGAAUCUUGCGAAAAUACUAGAGAAAAAGAAUUUAAAGAAAUUUUGGCCAUAAAAGAGAGACUAGAAGAUACUGUUGUGGAAGCGGGUGGUCCUGCCGUUUUGAAUGUACCUAAAGCUAAUUGUCGUUUAUGUGGUAUAGCCUCAGUACCCGAAGCCAAUUUUCUAACCAAUUAUGAACUCUAUGGUUUGUUGCAGAAAUGUUUUCCCACUUUGAAUUUCCAACAGGAGGACACUUUACCCAAGGUAAUGUGUGCUCCCUGUCAUAAAAGUUUAGAGGAGUUUGGUGCCUUUGUAGAUCGGGUUUGGACGGCCCAGACAGAUUUACAAAGAAAAUUUCGUACCAAGGCUGUAGAAAAACCGGUAAAAAUCAAGCAAGAGCCUUUGGUAAGAGUCAAACAGGAGGUGGCUGAGUGUGGCUACGAAGAGAGACAAGAUACUAAUGGUUUUGGGGGUACUAAUGAAGACUACGAUGCUGCUCUUGAGGGAGGCGGGCAUGAAGAGGGUGAUGAUCAAAAAUUUGAAUUUUGUGAUUUUCCCAUUAUCAAUGAUUGUGAUAUUAUGGAGAUUAUCAAUUUAGAUGAUCCUUUUAUAAAUAUACCGGAUGAUGACAACACUACCACCGUCAAUGAGGAGGAGGAAAUCCUGCAGAAGCCCAUACAAGAAGCUGUGAUGAAUUAUAUGCCUACGGCUCAUGAAUUGCUGCAGUCUCACCUGCUAAUGGAGGAACAUAAUUAUGCCUACAUAGAUGCUGAUACAGAAUUCAAAGAAGAAAGGCAAAUCUAUAAAACAGAAAAGUCAGAUAAUGAUGAACGUUUAGUGGAAUAUGUUAACUGUAAUAAUCAGCCACAACAACAGCAGAACACAGCCCUGCCAGCUGUUUACAGUAAUGAGACACGUUUAAAUACGGAGCAUUUGUUAAAUGAAAAUCAUAAUUUGGAAACUACUGCUGCUUUUGAAAAACGUGCUUUAAAACCUAUAGUUACCUCGGUGAGUGCCAUACAGCAACCCACUAAACCUUCCUCCAAUGGCAUAGUUGUACUCAAUGAAAGUAUUGUGAAAUCGGGUUGUGGAUUUCAAUUACAUGCUUGUAUGGUUUGUCAAUUAAAGUUUUUCUCCGUGGAGAGUCUAAAGCAGCAUUAUACACAGCAUCAUAGUGCUCCUAUGGUAACGGUACCAAAUGAAAAUAUACCUUUACAAAAGAGUCCACAAAAUACCUGUAAAAUGGAAAAAGAAUACCAGGAAACAAAUGCCGAAAACUGCCAAGAAAUGCUGACCAAAAGAACUCAAGUAACAGAUGGCAAUAAAGAUGUCAAUAAUGAAAAGAUAGAAAAAGAAACUAAAAAGGAAACACCUGACAACUUUGUAGAAAAGCAAUACCAGGAAAAUCAAAGUUCCUGCCAAAAUAGUAUACAAGAAACUACAAUAAAUGAUGAAAUACAGCAAAUAACCCAAAAUAAUAAUAAAGAACUAAAAGAAAUGGUUGUAAAUAUUAAAACUAGAAAAACAAAACUUAAAAUUCCUUUAAAAUCUCGAAAAUCUCAAAAUGUUUCUCUCAAUGUCAUGGCCAAUCAGUAUCAACAAUUAAGGAAAUUAUAUCAGAAGCUGCAAAAGAAAUGUACAAAUCUAGAACAAAAUGUAGAACAAUUGCAAUUAUUGCCAGCAGCAACAAAUACAACAACUAAGAAAACUAAUAAAAAACUUAAACCAUUAAACACUCAAAAAACCAGCAAGACUAGAAAUAGUAGCCAAUUAAAAUCCACUCAAUCUUUAGAGAAUAAAAAAGUUUCCUUUACUUGUGCUGAAUGCUCAAAGUCCUUUUCUAAUGCCAAUAGUUUAAGACAGCAUAAAAUUACCCAUACCGAGGAAAGAAAACAUCAUUGUAGUUUAUGUCAACGCACUUUUAAGAGACGUAAUGGUCUGCUGCAGCAUUUAAAAGGUUUCCAUUUGCAGGUGAAACCCUUUUGUUGUCCAGUUUGUAAGCACAGCUAUGCUUUAAAGUGUGAUAUGUUGCGUUGUAAACAUUCGACUUUAAGGAAUUUACAGACGUCCAGUGAAACGUCAAAUGUUAAUAGGGGACGAUUAGUAUUAAAAAAUUUAGAAAAAUAAAAACUAAAUUAUUGUUGUAAGAGAAUUUAAAAAA